AUGGACACGGUAGUGAAAAAGGAAGCAGAGAAAGUUAUUACAGAAGAUAUCACUGAAGAAGACACAGUAGUGAAAAAGGAGGAAGAGAAGGUUAUUAGAGAAGAUAUCACUGAAGAAGCGGAAAAACCAGAAGAAAAAGAAAAAACAGUUCCAUCUGAAAAACCCGAAGAAAAGACAAAGGAUGAUGUAAAACCAGUGUCAAAGGACACAGUAGUCAAAAAGGAAGAGGGGAAGGUUAUUACAGAAGAUGUCACUGGAGAAAUGAAGAAACCCGAAGAAAAAGAAGAAACUGUUCUACACGAAAUACCUAAAGAAAAGGCAAAGGAAGCUGAGAAACCAGCUUCAAAGGACGCAGCGCUGAUGAGGGAAAAGGAGGAGGUUAUUACGGAAGAUAUCACUGAAAAAGUGAAGAAACCAGAAGAAAAAGAGGAAAUUAUUCCACAUGAAAUACCCGAAGGAAAGGUAAAGGAAGCUGAGAAACCAGUUUAA